AAGUUUUGUAAAAGAUUUUGCGAGUGUCGAAAUAUUUCAUACCUUUCUUUCCCUUUCUGCAUAAAUUUGCCAAGGACACAACACUUGACAUUUUCCCUUCCCUCUCGAGCCCUUUAUCUCUCCAUACUGUGAGAGGAUUUCGCUUCUCAUUUUCUGUCUAUAGCCCCCUGAAUUGUCCCUUGAAACACCCAGCAAACUUAAGCUGCCUUAAACAAGAUGUGAUGAAAACCCGUGUGCCCAGGUUUUGGAUUUCACUUUGGGUUUGAUAUUCCUGGUUCUUCCAUGGAGGCAUUUCAGAUGGAGCCAAUUCCCCCGAAUAAUGAUUGCAAUUCUAUUGAAGAAUCAUCUUUUCAGCAGUUAGUUCUUCCAAGCUCUCCUGAGAUAAGUGGCAUAUCUGGAGAUCCACAGGUGAAUCCCCGAGUUGGUGAUGAGUAUCAGGCAGAAAUUCCUCCUAUGAUAUCGGAAUAUGAGCAUUUUCAGCUUUUACUGGACCCUUUUGAUUCAGAAGUCACAAUUGAUGAUUCUCAUUCUUUUCUAAUUGGUUUACCGAUCCUUGUUACUUGGGUCCAUAAUACAAUAAAUAAUAUAGAGGAUGAAGGGUGCAGAAUGAGUAGCCCUGAUGAUUCAGUCCUUGCAACCUGGUCAAACAAAUCUAGAACAAAUAGAAAGAAUAAUAUUCUGAAGAAGAAAGGCUCAAAUCAAAAUGCGGAACCAUUGGAUCUUGGCUUUGUUGAUGGAAAGGAACCAAAACCAGCAAUUCUUGGGCCCCAGGAGGCAGGGGAAGCUAACUUAUCUCAGCUGCAUAAAAGCAAACGUUACGAUCCUGUUCCUGUUGUAUUAAAUCAUCCAUGGAGUGAUGCUGAUGUUGAUAGUUUUAUUCUUGGUUUAUAUAUAUUUGGGAAAAAUUUUGUUCAGAUAGAGAGAUUCCUGGAAAACAAAAAGAUAGGGGAAAUAUUAUCCUUUUACUAUGGGGAAUUUUAUAGGUCUGAUGGAUAUAACAGAUGGUCAGAUUGCCAGAAGACAAAACGAAAGAAAUGCAUCUAUGGACAGAAAAUUUUUACAGGGUGGAGACAACAGGAGCUGCUCUCUCGUUUGCAUCCCCAUGUCCCAGUGCAUUCUCAAAACAAUUUUUUAGAGGUCUCUACAGCAUUUUCGGAGGGAAAAUUUUCUCUAGAAGAUUAUGUCUCCAAUUUAAGGGCCGUUGUUGGCAUUCAAGCUCUUGUAGAUGCUAUUGGAAUUGGUAAGGGGAAGGAAGACCUGACAAGUCUUGCCAUGGAACCUGCAAGAAGCAAUCCUUUGUUCACUGUUUGCCCAAUCGGCAAAGCUUGCUCCUCUUUGACUUCCAGUGACAUAAUCAAGCUGUUGACUGGGGGCUUCCGUUUGAGCAAAGCUCGUUCUAAUGAUAUAUUCUGGGAAGCUGUUUGGCCCCGUUUGCUAGCAAGAGGGUGGCACUCUGAGCAACCAAACAAUCAGAGUUAUGUGGGUCCCAACCAUCAUCUGGUCUUUCUCAUUCCUGGUGUUAAGAAGUUUUCAAAAAGGAAACUUGUGAAAGGUAACCACUACUUUGAUUCUGUCAGUGAUGUUUUGAGCAAAGUGGCAUCCGAACCAAAACUUAUUGAGCUUGAUUCUGAAGAAGCUAGAGGCAGCAGUUGCAAUGAAGAGGACAGGUGGGUUGUAGGAGUUCCGUCAGGUCACAAUGAUGCAUCCAUUCAGCAAUCCUUUCAGUACCUUAAACCACGAGUUUCUAAUUACAAUCUGAAUCUUGUGAGUUUCACUGUUGUUGAUUCUGGUUUGCUUGAUGGAGGAAAAUCAUCCAAGAUGAGAGAAAUGAGAUAUGCACCGGAAGAUUUGAAAGUUAAAUCCUUACUUACAACUCUCUCAAGUAGCAUUGAAAUGAUGUUUUCAGAGAACUCACUGAACGACAAUGAGUUAGAUGCUGUUGACAUGUCAUUGGAUGGUGAAAAGAAUAUCAAUAAUGCUAAAUGCUAUGAUAAAACAUUUGAUGGUCAUGGCUCAAACCUUACAAAGUUCACCAUUGUGGAUACCAGUUUGAUACAUGCAGGAAAAUCACAGAAGGUGAGAGAAUUAAGAUAUUCACCAAUUGACAUUAUAGUUACUUCUGAAAUGACCAAAUCCUCAAGGAAAAAAGAAGGGGAUUCUUCUGAUGAUUCAAUGGACAGGCAUGUGCUAGAUGCAACCAAAAUGCUGUCACAUGAGGAAAAGAAUGUCAGAAAAUCCAACCACACUGAGGAUAUAAUUAAUAGCAGUGGCUCAGAAAAGAAGGCACUCAACCGAGAUAUCAGGAAUAAAUUGGUUGAAGGGGUUACUAACAAUGAGUCAAAUGAAAAUCAGUCAACCAGGACCAUUAAGCACAAAUUCAGUCGAAGGUCAAAAUCUGGGCUUUCAAAUAAUUUAGUUCCUGCAGUCAAACGACGGAGAUUAAUUUCCUGUUCUAGUACAGAGUUAAGCCAUGUCAUUGACAAUUUCUCUGUUAGCCUGGGGUCAAAACAAGAAGGGUCUUAUUUUCCUUUGAACCCGCCGGGGGGCAGCAACACCUUUCAAGUUAAUCCUCCUCGGAAGUUAUCGUUAAACAUUUCCUUAGCUGAAGGCAGUCUAGAAGAUAGCACUGGAGGCCUGCCGGGUGCAACUUGUUUUGGUAUGGAAACAUCUCAUAGGCAAAAUGUGAAACGUCAAACCCCAUCUUUGAUUGACCUUAACCUGCCUCAACUUUCAUUGGACUGUGAAAAUAAUGAAGCAGCAUUAAUGGAUGUAGAAAGCAGCCACAAGGCAAAGGCUGAUAGUACACUCUCUCUGUCCAGUUCAGAUAAGACUGAUCCCGAGGCAUUGAGUACCUCUGUUGAUGCUAGUCCUGCAGUAGAGCAGCCUAGUUUGAACCCCAGAAGACAAAGCAGAAGAAACCGACCUUUGACCACCAGAGCAUUGGAAGCUCUUGAAUGUGGAUUCUUAGGUGUGAAGAGGCAAAAAAGCUUGCAUGUUCCCACACAAGAAAUUUCAUAUUCCAGUUCUUCCCACUGGGUUCACAGCAAAGUCAAAGUAAGAUCAAGUAAUGGUAAUGCUGGCUCUGGCAUUGUGAAUGCAAAGGAUGGGGAUGCCAACGGGGCUUUUAACAAAAAAGAUUUUGUUUAAAAAACUCCUGACAGAACUGAAGAAAAGUGCUGACUAGAUAACAGGAUAUCCAUAGUUGCUACAUCUGUAAGUGUGAGGACAGCUAGCUCAUGAGGCGCUAUUUGUUAUAUUUUGACUUGAAAAAGUCAGGAGAAUUGCCUGAAGUAGCUGCUAUCUGUGGAGACACUUGCUAUGUUACCUCUAACUGUAGACGCGGUUCUCUUCGGUAUGCUUCGUCAAGCAAGCAUGGAAGUAGGAGCACUUUGCUUCGACGUAAUGCAGUUUACUUACAGGCACAACCAUUACAACACUCUGUCAUCGAUGGUCACAUUGCACCACCAUACAAUGCACAUAACAUUUUACUAGAAUGUGUAUUGUUUUCUCAUCAAGUCAGUUGCAUUUUGUUUUAGUGUUCUUCCAUUUCUUGGUGAUAAUGGAAAACAGAACUUUUUGCAAUGCCGUGGUUCCUUUUUAGGAUUGGAAGAAGGUGAAAUGACCCAGUAUAUUAUAUUAUAUGAAAAUCUCCAUUAGAUUUUCAAAUAGCUGAAGAUUGUAUGUCCUGACGACAUGAACUCCAGAUUGCCAGUAGUUCUCACUGUUGCCAUUGGCAAAAUUAAACCAUGAAGUUGUUGUA